AAAAAUGGUUACUCCGGAAUCGACAACCUCCUCAGAAACUGAAGAAAAACCUGCGAUCCAUACUUCACGCACACCAGUACUAACCAUAUACACAACAUCAGAACAAAAAUCAUGGCCGAAUUUUUCUUCACCUACAGAAAACACGAAAACUCCUUUACCAUUUCCUUUGCCAUUAAAUAGAGAAAUGUUCUCCACACCCGAAUUUAAUGCUGAUAACUUUUUAGCUAGAAGACGUCAUUUACCUUUAGAUGAAUUGAAGAAAGAGUUGAUUAUACAUUUGAAAAGUUUGAAGAGCGACUUAGUAGAAAUGAUUAAUAGGGAUUAUAGUAGUUUUGUUGAUUUAUCAACAAAUUUAAAGGGGGUUGAUAAAGUCAUUGAAGAAGUUGCUAGGCCUUUGGGUAAAAUGAGAGAAGAAGUUGAGGGGGUUCGAAUAACAUUUCAAGGGGUUGUCGAUUCAUUGGAAAAUCAACUGGCUCAUCGAACAUCUAUACGUGAAAAGAAGGCUUCUUUGCAACUUCUUAUUAAUAUUCAUGAAUCUGUGCGAAAAGUUGAAAGUUUAUUGUUAAUUAGUAGUGAGACUAGUUCUUCACUAGUAUCAAAAGAUGAUAGUGGAAAUAACGCGAAACAAAUUGAACGUGUUGCCAUCGAAUAUAAUCAGAUGCAAUAUUUGGUUAAUAAAGGAAAAGGUUUACCCUUUGUAGAAAAUAUUGAUUGGAGGAUUACAAGGAUCAAAAAUACUCUUCGUACAAAUCUUUCUUCAGCGCUUCGAUCAGCUUUGCAGACUAUAAAGGAUCAAUCAAAUGCGUCCAAGGAGACAUUAACUCAAAUUCUUAGAACUUAUGCUUUGAUUGACCAAACAAUGUCCGCAGAGGAAGUGAUUAGAGAAGAGUUGGUUGCCCCUUUUAUUCAAGAGACAGUUAAGCAGUCUGUACUUGAAAAUCCACAACAAAUUGCACCCUCUAUUGUAAUUGCAUCACGUUCAUCUGCUGGAAAAUCAAUGAAACCUCGUAUGAUGGCAUCUUAUUCAAAAGAUUCUUUAGCUCUUAUGUAUACUAAGAUAUUGCAAUUUAUUAAUAAUGAUUGUAACAUUCUGCUUGAAAUCACAAGAAAGGUUUUAAGGGGAACUAGUUUUGAAAUUUUGGUGAAUUCUAUAUGGACUGAAGUUGUAGAUGCAGUGAAUAAAAGGAUAUCAUUUAUAUUUAAUCUUGGAAAUCCAAAUAUGUUUCAUAAGAAUUAUUCAAUAUCAAUGAAUUUUGUUUCAAGUAUUGAAAAUAUAUGUUAUUCUAAGAAAUCUUUAUUAUAUUUGAGAAAUCAUUCUACGUACAUGGAAUUUAUGAAAAGAUGGCAGUUAUCAGUAUAUUUUCAAUUACGGUUCAAGGAGAUUUCAAAUCAAAUCGAGGGAACUCUAGCACUAAAUGUAUUGUCAAUAGAUAACAGCAAUAAUGACACACAAUAUCCAACGUCCUUAAAAUUACCGGCUAGUAAAUCCACUAUAUUGGCAAUAGAAAGAUGUUGGUCUGAAGAAGUAUUCAUAUAUGGACUUUCACAUAGGUUCUGGAAAUUAACCUUACAGUUAAUAGAAAGAUAUAAGAAGUGGCUUACAUCAACGUUAACGGAGUUAGUUGAAACAAAUAAUCAUGUUCAUGAUAAAUUAAUGAAUUCACCAGCAUUAAGACCAUCUAGCGGAUCUGGAAAUAGAAGAUCUGGGAGCCCAGUGCAAAGCUCACCAAAUAAUGAUGCAUCAGAUGAACAAGUAUUAAGAAAUUUGGUUAUAGUGUCACAUGAUGUUGAGAAUAUAACUACUAAGAUUAAAGAGAUAUAUCGUGAACAUAUUAUAAUCAAAUUGCCCGAGUCCAUGAUAAAUCAACCCAUAAUUGAAGAGAGUAUUUCAAAUUCACUUUCUUCUUUGCAAUCUGAUUUACCGGAUUUAAGUCAAAAGAUCUCAACAAUUCUUACAAAGAGGUGUACAGAAGCAUUACGACAUGUUCGUAGUAUUAUAACACAAUAUCGACAACCUAAUACAAAACCACCUACGGAAUCUUCUUACUUUGUUCCGCAUAUUAUGAAACCAUUAGCUGCAUUUUAUGAUUCUAAUAAACUAUACUUAAGUGAUAAAAGACGAAAAGAGUGGAGCUCUAUAGUGGGGGAUGCUGUUGCAGUAAGAUAUUAUACAAUAUUAUAUGAGUAUCUUACAAAUUUGAAAAAAACUGAGGAGAGUUCAAAAAUUAUGAAAAUGAAAAGAUUAAAAAAAGGACAAACAACGAGAGGAGGUCUUGUUUCUUUGUUUUCUGAUUCAGGCGAUAAUGGAGUAGAAGAUUCUACUGUUAUGAGUGAUGAAGAUAAAAUUCGAUUACAAUACUUAUUGGAUGUAAAGAAAUUUGGAAAAGAGUUAACUAAUAUUGGAAUUGAUAUUAAAGAGCUAAAAGGAUAUAUUGACUUGUAUAAAGUUGUUGAACCAUAUGAAUCAAUUCAAAAAUCAUAACCAUUUUCAUAGAUAUAUAAUUAUUAUUUAUUAUAAAGUGAUUUGUAUAAAGUUGUUAAACUGUAUAUUUAAUUUAUAAAU